GAUGGAUUGAUCUCUAUAUGACGGAAAACAAGACAUUACAGGUAUAGAAAAUUAUCUAAAUCUAUGCCAGCAAGGGAGCUAGUGUGGAUUUAGUCUGGCAGCGGAUGCGCCUAAGUUGUGUAGAGGCCAGCGCCCCAUGACCCCAUAAUUCUACUCUCCUUUCUGCUCCUAGCCCCAUCUAAAGGUUGAAAAGGAGACUUAUGUAGGACAAUUUCACAAACCAUGAAUAAUACAACUCCAAAUGCCAGCAAUGAAAGCAGUACAACAGAGAACAGUGUUGAUCAUGCUUAUAUUCAUUUUACUAUAGCAGCUCUCAUCUGUAUAGUUAUCUGUCUCAUUGGCUUGGUAGGAAAUGUUACAGUAUUUUGGUAUCUUUGCAUGAAGAUAAAAAAAAACAAGUAUACCAUUUACAUUAUCAAUCUGUCGGUGGCUGACUUCAUCUAUUUGGUAUUUAGUGCAUUAACACUAAUGGUGUAUGUUAAUACAUUAUUGAAUAAAAAACCAGAUUUUCCAGGGAAAAAAUCUUUUUUAAUAUUUUUGGAAAUCUUUUAUGACUGCGCACAAUAUUCAGGAAUGUUUAUCCUCACAGCCAUCAGUCUGGAAAGAUGUCUCUCUGUCUUAUUUCCAAUCUGGUACCAAUGCCAUCGGCCUCGGAAUUUGUCCAUCAUCAUCUGUGCUUCAGCUUGGCUCAUUGGAUGUUCAGAAGGUCUUAUAGAGAAUUUGGUGUGCACACAAGAAGCUUUUAAGAGAAAGACUACAGAGUGUACUGCAGUUCAGAUCAUGACCUUUGGUUUAUCCAUUGUAAUCUGCUUACCUAUCAUGGUAAUUUCUAGUUUCAUCUUGCUCAUUAACAUACGAAGAACAUUCAGCGACCAGUAUCCAAUGAGACUCUACAUCAUCAUUAUCGUUGCGGUUGUUAUAUUUAUCUCAUCUGUCAUCCCAUUUAAUGUUACAUGGUUCUUAAUGUAUUUUAGACUACUACCAUCAGAAGAUCAUAUACUUGCUAUUUACUUUGCUAGUAUUUAUAGUACCGUGCUUAAUUGUGCACUUGACCCAUAUAUCUACUUCCUUAUUGGAAAAAAAUGGAAGCAGAAGACUAGUCAAACCAUUCAAGAUGCCCUCGAAGAAGCCUUCAGAAUAGAAAAUCAUAAAAAUAACAACUCAAAAAGUAACAAAACAAGUGGCACAUCCAGCCAGAUUCACCUUCCAAGUACUUCUUAAUUAUGCUUCCAUGGUCGUCCUGUACUGCAAUAAAUAGUAACCAGCUGUACACAAAGGUAAUGCUCAAUGGAUCAUUAUCAUUCUACUGUUUGACUAUUCACAGUCAUUAACCUUUGCCAGUACAGCCCUAAGAAAAUCCUUGCUGUUGAAAUACUUUAUAUUGAAGACUGUUCACAUUGGUAUUUUUAGGUUUCGUCACAGCACUUUUCUUGCCAUCAAAAAUAUAAAACUGCAUCUAUCAUGGGAAUCCAUAGCACUACGUAUCUGGAUAAGGUAGUAAAAAAAGUGUUUUAUUUUAUUUGAUAAUCGUUCCACCAGUGAAAAACG